AUAACAUGAAAAACUAUUCGUAGGUAGCUAGGCACCUAUCUAGCUUUUGAAAAAUAUAAUUAUUUAAGAUUGUGUAAAAGGAACACGAAGAGAAUAGUUUGCGAGUUGCGUCAUAUCAGCCACUCGGUACCUCAUUUUAUCUGUUUCAACUAUUUCAUUCUCCAACGAGCUCCAGCUGAUAAGUGAGAAAAGUAAAGCUCCGUAAUCGAUCAUGAACUAGUGCAGUUUUUUUCCUGCUUUGUGCUUAAAUGCAGAUGAAAUAAUUUAUUUCGUACGUGAGAAGUCACUUGAAUAAUUUAUUAUUAAUCCGACUUGUUUUAGAAGUUUUUCUCUCCAUUAAACUAACUACAUGGUGUACACAGAAGCUACCUACACGUUAGACAUGUCCUCAGACUCUCAGAUGGAUAAUUCUCCUACGAUCGGCGCGACUGAUGAUUAUUCCAAUGACGACAGCUGCAGUACCGUUUCUGACGACGAAUCAUGGCGAAAUUUUACAGUAACCAGAUCGACGAAUGCUGACAAUAACGAGCACGAUUUCGAACUUUUAUUAAAAACCCCUCGAGAUGGUUAUUUCGGUAACCCUCUAAAAAUUACGAGCAUUCUCGGCGACACUUGGAUUAAUUACAAAAGAGAAUAUACUUAUAAAUAUUACUUGAAUCGAGCAAUAUUGGCGUCAAAAUCAAAGUAUCUGACAAGAUUAGCCGAAGACAACGAUGGAGAAGACAUUAGCAACGCCAUUGUCGAGACAAUUCAAGAAGACGACGUAUAUUCUCCAAUUAUUCAAAUCAUGUAUGGAAAAGACUUGAAACGCUUAAUCGAGAAACAUAAUUUCGUCGACUUGUUUAAAAACAUGUGCUGUCUAGAGAUGGAAACCGAUUUAGACGUAUUCAAAGAGUUUAUCGAAAAAACCAUUAAAUCGAAGGAAGAAAUCUGUCACGAAAUGAUCGAAUUAUACUUCUUCAUGCUCAGCUCCAGGCUGUUCGACGAAUCCAAAUGUGAUUAUUUACUACCAACUGUCAGUCAAUAUUUUUCCGAUCGGUUGCUCGAUGCUUACAAAAUGAAAAAAUUUUCAUCAAUGCCGUACGAAGGACUCCUUAGGAUUUUGUUACAUAGGAAGACGGAUGAAUUACAAGAUAAAUGUUUGAUUGGGCGUAUUUGUGCCGGAUGGAUUUGUCAUGAUUUCGAGACUCGUGUCGUUAAGUUGAUCAAGUUGGUGAAUGCGACGAAACAUCGUUAUGGAAUUUUUCACUAUUGCAAUACCGACGAAGAGCAGUCGAUAAUAGAUUCUGCGAAACAGAUUGGUGAUAAAUCUCGAGUACAACAGGUGGAAAAAUUGUUUAACAAGUUGCUUCAUUACCAUGGAGAUGUUUUGUUUGAUUCUUCGCAGCUAUCCGAUGUAAUCUCCGACGAAUCCCCAAUUCGUAUCAUAAACGCCAUCGACCAACCCAGCACAUGGACUAUGUUUCUAGAAAAGGAGUAUUUCUGCGACGUCGUCAUCGUAAUCAAAGGGCUCUCUUUCAAACUGCAUCGCAUCAAGCUAUUAUUAUCGUCACGUUUCUUUUACGACCUGUUCACCAAAAACAAAAAACCAUCUUCCAGCACCAACGACGAAAAAUCUGCAAAACUGACCACAGAAACCCACACGAUCGACGAAAUCGACGCCACAGCUUUCGAACAAGUGAUAAGCUAUAUUUACGAAGGAAAAAUAGAUGAGAUCGGUUCGGAAUAUUCGAUGAUUAAUUUGCUCAAAACUAGCAAAUUCUUACAAAUAGACGAUCUGUACGAAGAAUGCUACGUGUGGUUCUUGAAUUCUUUGUGUAAAAUCACCGGCGACGUAAUUUUCGAUCUAUUUCACUUCCUGUACGAAAAUGAAAGAACUUCAGAUCUGUACACCUUGUUGGUCCAUCGUAUUCUCGGUAUGUUUCCGGAAUUCGUCGAUUGUAAUUUUAACAACAUCUCGUUGGAAAUUCUAGAGGAAAUUGUCGCUUUACCCGAAUUAGAAAUGAAUUCCGCCGAUGAAGUAGUCGACCUGUGCUCGAAAUGGAUCUUUCAUGAUAUGGAACAAAGAUACAGCCAGGUUUACGAAAUCGCCGCAGCUAUCAAUCGAAAUUUCGCUUUCGACGUUAAACGACCAAAGUUGGAAAAACCUGAUUCUGAAAAUUCAGUCGAGCAUUCGCUAAAAUACGUCAAGGAAUUCCUCAUCAAAUGCCUAUCUUCUUCCACGCUCGUGCCAUUGAAUUCCGGUCCAUGUUUGAAGAAUGACCAAAUGCCUUGUUUUAUUGGCUUACAAACAGACGGAGCAUUAAGUAUCGUGGAUAAAGAUUUCAACGAAAUUGUCUCCAUCAAUUCGACUACUUUACCGGUUUAUUCUGGUCAAGCUGCGAUUUCAAUUAGUCAUUAUUCGGCGACUGUAAUCGAUGAUAAAUUAUUCGUGCUUUUCAACGUGAAUGAAAAAUUUCAUUUUUAUGCCUAUAUUCCGACGUCAAGAAAGUUCAUUUCGUUGGCCACCGAUCCCAGAAUGCAUUCGUUCUCCUCUUACACGAUUUUAAAUUGCAACGAUGAAGUGUACUACGUCGGAGAUACCAUUUUACUUAAAUACUGCUUCCAUCUGAAUCGAUGGAUUACAUUUGUGAAAUCGAAAAGUAGCAGGAAGUGGUUCACCAGUGAUGGAAAAAUGCUGUACAAAAUAUCGUUUCGAAGAUCACCAACGGUUAAUCACUCCGGAGAGCUUAUUACUUCGUUUUUUGAUUUUAAACAAACAACUUGGAAUAGGUUACCGGAUAUACCUGUUCAGCCAUCGCUCAAAAUUGGCGAACGAAUCGAGUGGAGUGAUUUUCCCAUUGCAGCGAGUUCGAUUGGCAACGAUUUGUGUGUUUUGUUCAAAUGGGAAACGUUGUUUUUUCAUUGGAAAGUUCAAACUUGGAGUAUGAUUGAAAAUUCGUACGAAGGUUUGGUGUCGUUGGCGGAAUGCGAUCGUGAUAUUUUAUUUAUUUCUGCCAAAAAUAAAAUUCUGCGGUAUUCUCCUUUUAACCGAACAUGGGUUCUUGUUCGAACGUUGGAUAAUUUUAGUAGUAUUUUUGCUGUCCAUAAGACUAUGAAAUGAUAAUUCAAUCUUAUUUAAAGUAAUAUGUAUUUGUGAUGAUUUUUUUCCUAUUAGGUAAACACCAGUUGUCUGGCUGUUUUUUUUUUUUUUUUUUCAUAUAAUUGUCUGUCUUGUUUAAGUGAUAUUUUGUGAUGAAUUUUUUUUUCUGUUGAA